CACAGGGUUUUAAAGUUUAAGUAUAACUGUACAUUUCACAGAGAACACCUUCGGAUACUGAAUGUGCGAAUGUGUACGGAACGGUACUGUUUUACUGCGUGCCUUGUGCGGAAAGCUGAGCGUAAGUGAUAUAUGUGGAAAAGAUGAGAACUUGAGAUGGACGAGUCUAGAACAUAGGACAAGCGGAUUAGUCGAUUAAAAAUUUCGGUGAAGAAGUAAGGGCAACGGUCAUCGCUGUUAAUUAGUUGGAAGAACUGAUAGGAAAAAAUGAGAACUGACCGCCCCAAACUGAAGUCCCCAAACGUAGAUACGGAGCGUACCCCCGAGUGACGCACGCGGAAAUCGCGCGUGUCCCAACAUUUAAUCGUUAGUUACAGUUAAUAAAACCGGGGAGCGCCUCGAUAAUGCAUCGUAAAAAUAAGGGAUUCGACGGCAAACAUUAUUAAACCUUAUUUCAGACAGAUUUUAGGCAGAACAGGCAGAAUUAGUGAUAAUAAAGGAUAAUUUUCGGCACGGCAGUAACGACUUCUUGGGGAUUAUUGUUGGUCCGAGUGAAUAUGUUAAGGGAAACAUAGACGGAGAAAUAAGACUGAAGAAGAUACAUGGCAUCUUUAGAAAAUUAGAAACGGCUGCUCUCGAACGGUUGUUGUAGCUGAAGAAAUGGCCGAGUGUUUAAUGACUGAGUCGCGAAAUCACGGGCACAAGCUCUAUAUUUUGUACAAUGAAGAGAAACGCUUGUAAUAAGAAAGAAUGACAGAUAUACGACAAAGAAAACAAAAAAAAAAAAAAGAAAUAUAAAUAUAUGAGAAAAAAGACGAACAAAGCAAGUUAUACUAUAGUAACACGUUAAGAGUCAAAUAAUUGCAACGCUGAUCGCCUGGACUUAUAGUAAGAUCUAGAGAGGAUAUCGACUCGUUCAAAAAUACUACAAUACUUGCAUAGUUCAGAAACUGUGAGAUCGUUGGAAAAAAGGAGUCAACUCGGAAGACCACGGUAUAAAGAACAAGCAUUGGAAUUACUAAGACUCGAAGUAACUGAAGGACUGUCAAUGUAAUUAUUAAUGAUUUUAAAUAAACAGAAAAGAAAAAUGCCAGCAACUUCCGCUUCUCCAGUGCGCUUCUAAAAAUUAAUUUUAUUAUUUACAGCUAGAUAUCGUUAAUAUGUAUAACUUUCACCAAUAUUAAUAAAUUAUUCUACUCAUGAUGCGCGUAUAAUGGUUGAACUGUAUUUAAAUUGUAUAAGAUUGCUAUUAAAUAAAUUUAAAUGGCCUAAACGAUCUUUCAUUUUGCGGACAGAAGAUAACCGUAUUAAGCUGUAUCAUAAAAAUGUUACUCAACAAGUUUUAACUAAAGAUACAACUUAAGGCUGUUAUCUUCUGUCCGCAAAAUGAAAAAUCAUUGGAUACGAAGAGGGGUAUUUAAAAGCCGUUUGCAGGCUGGACCACGGCCAGUUUUGCGUGCACAACAGAACAGCAAAUUUCUCCAGAUGCAAGACAUGAGAUCAGUGAUCGAAGAUGGAAUUGGAAUAUAUCGCAAAAGAUAACGCGUUUGGAGAAAGAAUAAAAACGCUUAAGUGUAUGCACCGAUUACGCAAAGAGUUAUGAAAUAAUGAAAGUGAGAGCAUGUUUCGGCCCUUCCGUGUAACUUUCUCUCACAAGUCCGCGUGUAUGUCCACUUUCUUCCUCAAAAGCGCGGCGCAAACCCACGAUUCAAAAUAGUCGAAAACGGCAAUCGAGUAUGUUUUCCACGGUGGUGUUAUGUAUAGUACUACUCUUACUGCUACUAUAUCUAGGAUCGCGGAAACCAAAAGGAUACCCUCCAGGUCCAAAAUGGUGGCCAAUUUUGGGUUGCGCCGUCGAACUGACUCGCCUUCGCAAGAAAACUGGUUACAUGUUCAAGACCUGUUUCACUUUAUGUAAGAAAUAUGGACCAGUGGUCGGUCUGAAAAUCGGCGUGAACCAUAUCGUGAUACUAAAUGAUCAUGAGAGCAUUCGAACGAUGUUCGCUAAUGAAGAUUGCGAUGGAAGACCGCUUGGUCUACUUUACGAUGUGCGAACAUCCGGUUGUAGGAGAGGAUUAAUUCUCGUGGAUGGAAAUUUGUGGAUCGAGCAAAGAAGAUUCGUGUUGAAACAUCUCCGUGACCUCGGCUUCGGUCGGCAAGACAUGGCUGUAAUAAUACAAGAAGAGUGCCGAUCGCUCAUUGAACACAUCAAAAAGUUGAUCAGCGACGAACGUAAUAAUCGAAUUAACGAAUCUAGAAUAUAUUGCAAUAAUAACGAGUAUGACAAUGGACAGAUAUAUGAAUUAAUUAAAAAAGAUAAGGCAAACGAGUCAGAAUUAAUGGAGAAGCAUAGAACGAGUGAAAAGCAACUAAAAGACUCGGAUCUGUACGCAAAUGCUUACGGACACGGGGAAAUCAAGAUGGCUCAGUCCCAUCCUGGAACGAUAAUUCCAAUGAACGACGUGUUUGGAAUUACAGUACUCAAUAGUUUGUGGAGAAUAAUAGCUGGCAAAAGGUUUAAUAUUGGUGACGAGGAGCUAACUUAUUUCCAACGGAUUCUGACACAGGCUUUAACGGAAAUCGAUAUGUUAGGAGCACCGUUUGGUCAUUUUCCGCUAUUGAGAUUUAUCGCGCCAGAAAUGUCCGGUUACAAAUCGUUCGCGGAGAUUCAUCAACAACUUUGGGACUACUUCAAGGAUGAACUGGAUAAUCAUAAGAACGACUUUAGACCAGACUCGCCGCGAGAUUUAAUGGACGUAUAUCUAACUGUUUUGAACUCUAAAAAUUAUAACAACACGUUUUCAGAAUCUCAAUUGCUUGCCAUUUGUAUGGAUUUAUUUACAGCAGGUUCAGAAACUACGUCCAAAGGUCUUUGCUUUUGUUUUUUAUAUUUAGUGUUAUUCCCGGAAGUACAGAAAAAGGCACACGAAGAAAUAGAUAGAGUAAUUGGACGUAACAGACUUCCAACUCUAGAAGAUCGAACGAGAAUGACAUAUAUGAACGCUGUCGUCUUGGAAUCAUUGAGAUUCUUCGCAGGACGAACGUUAAAUCUCCCACAUAGAGCACAAAGAGAUACUACAAUAAUGGGUCAUACGAUACCAAAAGAUACGAUGCUUUUGGUAAAUUUCAAUGGAGUAUUAAUGGAUGAAUCAUGGGGUGAUCCCGAAAACUUCCGACCAGAAAGAUUUAUAGACGAAAGUGGUAAUAUUAUUACGCCGCCCACGUACUUGCCAUUUGGCUUCGGCAGACGUCGUUGUAUGGGGGAAAAUUUAGCUAGAAGCAAUACAUUUAUUAUAGCUACUACUCUGUUACAAGCAUUCACAUUUUCCACAGUACCUGGAGAAGAACCAUCGACAGAAGAUUUUGUCGAUGGAGUCACCGCUAGCCCUAAACCAUUCAGGGUAAUGGUUUCUUUAAGGACGUAAUUAAGUACGAAAGCGUUUAAAAUAAUUUCACUCAAAAGUAAUGGCGAUUUUUAAUCAACUCAAUCCUUAUACGGUUUAAUUGAUAUCAAAAAAUUAUUAUGAAAAUAAUAUCUUUGUUAAUAUAAGCUUAUAAUGUAGUAUAUGUAACAAAUAGCGUACAGUAAUUACAAUAGUCCUAAGUAAGCGUAUACUUUAAUGUUUAAAAAAUAAAGUGUAUCGAAUAAA